UAUCACUAACUGUAUAUCAUAUCUAUUAAAACAAAUGUUUAUUUCAAACAGGCAACAGCUGCUUAACAUUGUCUAUAAACUGAUUGAUAAAAGUUUCCUUGACUAGUCAUUUGAAACGGAUUAACAAUGUAUCAUGUAUCCAUGUUGGCAAACAGGAAGAUCUACGAAUGUCAACACGUGACAGACGUAUUGUUAGGAGCAAGCAACAUGCACACAAAAAUGUUGGUAUAUUUGAUGUUCUUCAUAUUGGAAAUUUCUGCAGGUAUGACAGAAUUUCCUUGCAAAUAUCCCUGUUCAUGGCGCAAUAAAACAUUUAUUGUGUAUGAAGACGGACAAACCAGUUCUGUUUGGGAGUUUAGUAGUGAUGGUCAAACAAGUAUUCUUAAUAACUUUCACAUAUUACUGUGUUAUCAAAUAACAGAGCGCUUUCUUAUUCUAAGGGAGAAGGGUUCUGAAAAAUUUCUUUGUUACCCGAUCUUUUAUGAUAUUGCAAGUCCUCUGAAGUUUCAAUAUGCAGCAGGAGUUGGUAUAACCAUUAACAACCAGACAGGAGAAUUGACUGAUUUAUGUGGAAUUUGUGGCGAAGGUGACGUUUACGAAGCUGUAGCUAAGAACAACCCUUGUUAGAUCUUUUCCAACAUUCAAUUGAAUAAGAUUAUACAGACGAAGAACAGAAAAAAAUUACGGUAUUUGUUUUUUGUAAUUUUUUUUUUGUGUCAUUUUUUUGUUUUUAUGGUUCAUGUUUUUUGUCAUUUUUUUUACAGAUUAUUGUUGGUUUCUCUUUAACCUUGAAGUUUUGAUUGUCCGUUUGAUAUUU